CGGCUGCGGCCCUGCAUGGGUUCGACGUUGCAGCUGCGGCCGCGGCGGCGGCAGGUAGGGGUCUGGCGGGGGGGCAUGCGCCUGCGGCCUUGGGCAUGCUGCCUGCGGGCCCCGCACGGGUCAGCAGCAGCAGCAUGGGGGCAGCUCAGGAAGCGCGGGGUGCAGGCGUUGCUGGGGCGGCUGGGAGCGGCUCAGGAGGAGGGCUCAAGACGGAGGAGGAGUGUGCGGCUGCUGCUGCGCUGGUGUGGGCGGAGGGCACGCCGCAGGAUACGGUGCGGCGCAUAGCUGCGACGCUGCUGGCGCGGGCGGGGCCGGGCGCGGCUGCGGGUCCCAACCGCAUGGCCCUGGAGCUGCUGCUGAUGGCGGUCCGCCGGAAGGACCCGGUGGCGUGCAACAAAGCAGGCAACCUCUUUGCUGUCCUGGAGCACGACCCGGCCAACUGCCUAUCCGUUGUGGACGACGAGGGCGGCACCGGCGGCGAGGUCGCUGUGCUGGACUUGCCCCGCAUGGCAGCGCUGGCAGAGGCCGCUGCGCCCCCGCCGCAACAGCCCUCGCCUGCUGCCUCCUCGCAGCAACAGCGACACCCGUCCCUGAGCUCUGCUUUUGGAGAGACGCAACCCCCACAAGAUCACGC